GUAGAUAGCGUCAACGACGUUUCAAAAAUCAAGAAAUUUCUAUCCAAGACCCACACCCAACCCGAAACUAUCGUAGACGGCGAGGGUAAUAGAAUAGAAACAAUCGAGGUAACACUAAGGUUCCUAAUCAAUGCUCACUUCCCAUCGAACACAUCGACAUUGAACGAUGUCAUGACAGAUAGGGAAGAAAGAUCAGAUGAACCAAUUAUUGACAAGUCAAUGGUGCAACGUAAAUGUAUUUUUUACGAUGAAGUCAAGCUGACAUAUUUUCCCGAAGAGUACACAUUUUCGUCGUGCAUGAAGGAGUGCCGUAUGAAAAAGGCCAUUAAGCUAUGUAAAUGCUUGCCACCGUUCUAUAAGCCGGUCGUCAAUGUAAGAAUGUGUGGCCUCAACGAUAUGGAUUGCCUAACGGAAUAUCGUAAUAAUAUAACGAACAUCAAGGAUUGCAUGCAAUGCGAAUUGAGCUGUUCGAAAACGGUCUAUAAUAUUGAGAAAUUGAUUAAAAACAUUGAACGUCCCGAUGCCCCCGGGGUCUUGGUGGAAUUUCUAACCUGGCCCAUUAUCCGUUACAAACGUGAAGUAUUAUUCGGUUGGGUUGAUCUGUUGGUAUCAUUUGGUGGUAUUGCCAGUUUAUUUUUGGGUUUCUCUUUGCUGUCGGGUGUGGAGAUUAUUUAUUAUUUUACACUGCGGGCCUGUUGCAUGGUCUAUAAGAAUCGGCAACAAUUGGAAGAAAUCGAAGAGAGAAUCCAAAAUCAACCACCACCACCAAUCAAUAUGACCUUGGGCAUGAAAUCUUAUACCGCACCGAUUGUGGUUACCGAAAAACAACCAUUGAAUAGCGAUGAUGGCUUAAAUGCCUCCAAUGAUAAGCCACCAGAUUACAAUGAAAUUGGUGGACGUCGCAGGAAGGCGGAUAAGGAUUAUACAACCUUUGCAAAAUCCAUGUACAAGACCCCAAAAACAUUACCAACGUAUGCUGAUGCAACAACUAACAAUUGGGAAUAUGGUCACUAUUUGCCUUAA